UCAACUCUUCCCUUGUCAUCGCAUAUUGGUCCACACCUAUUGUGGAUUGAAUUUCGGCGCUUCCGUUGUAUAUACGUUGGGUAUUCUGAUGCUAGGGGUACUUUGCUAUCCGCCUUGAUGUCAGCUACUCCAAACCGGCGCGGUCGCCGGCGCGCGCGGGAUUCUGAUAGCUCUGAAGCAUUCACUCCGGCCGGUGAUACAACACUCACGAGGCUGCAGCGACUUCCUAGUCAUACCCGGUAUCCUUCCACGCCGAGUCGACUUGCGUCAACGACGCCGUUAGCGAACAGAUCAGCUUCUCGGUGGACACCAGGGACCAGAGCUCCGUCAACCCCAUAUGGACUUCGCGCAAUGCAACGACGCGCGGCAAAUACCCCUGGUCGGGAUCGCCGGAAAAGUGGACGUGGUCCACGGGAAACAACGUUUGAUGUUCUGCGGAACCUAAGUAAAGCGCUUGCCCCCAUCUCACAACAGAUUCGUUCAUCGCCACAGGUACAGCCCGAAUUGGAGGUGGAACAAGAACUAGACGAGAUUGACGAGCUCGAUAAUGAACCGGAGAUUGAGCGACCACGGUUAUCCUUGCCGUUAGAAGAUGUCGAGGAAGAUGACGAGGGAAGCCCCGAGAUACGUCCACCUCGGUUGUCAAUGGCAUUAGAGGACGACGAUAUCACGCAUACUUCUGUCGAGUAUCCUCGAAGAGCUACUCUGGAUCGCGAUAGGGCGCGGCUAUCUAUGAUGAGUUUUGGUGGUGCUCGCCUUAGCGAGAAUUUCGGGGAUGCUACCAGGCUUGACAGCGACUCUGAGGGCGGCGAUUUCACAGGCUUAGUGCACGAUGAGGAUCGGGAUGAAACUGUCAUCAGCCAAGGCGCUUUUGAUCGGGGGGGAGAAACGGAAGAUCUUGGGCGAUUCAACUUCGACUUCAACUUUCCAUCGCCCCAAGCACCUAUCGAUGAUUUGAAUCCGGAUGGACCUCUGCACGACGACGAAGGGUUUGAACUGCCAGCCGUCGAUUUGGAACCAGAUCUUGGCCCUGGAUCCGAUGACAGCGACGAUGCCGGUGAUUUUACCGGUGGUUUCGGACUAGAACUUAACCUUCCGCAAAGAGUGACUCCAAGUGAGAGUCCUGGACUGAUUGGCGGAGGGUUGCGGGAUGGAGAGACCGUUAUACAGGGUUCAAAACAGAAGAAACUCUCGCGACAUGGAAUUCCUGUCCCCAAUUUGCCUGCAGGCGUCGUUAAAAAGCUGGCUACGCGCUUUGCACGAGCUCGAGCAGGGCCCAAGGCGAAAAUUAGCAAGUCCACUCUGGCGGCUAUUGAGCAAGCCUCUUCAUGGUAUUUUGAGCAAGUGGGCGAAGAUCUAGCUGCAUAUUCCAAACACGCUGGCCGCAAAACUAUCGAUGAGGCCGACGUUACAACCAUGAUGAGGAGGCAACGACAUCUCAAUAACACUACAACGGUAUUUUCUCUCGCACAAAAGCAUCUGCCCAAGGAGCUGCUGCAGGAUAUGAGACUCGCAAUGCCGCCAUGAUGAAUACUAUCUUACAGUAAACCGUAUAAUAGACAAGCAGAACCGACGCCUCCGUAUGCGCGAAACCAGCACGGCAAAACUACCAAUUCCGAUUCUGACGCACACGACGUGUGGCCUCGUUAGGCCUCUUUCGGAUAAUCAUCCACAGCAUGAUAGAUGUCGCAAGGGACAAUCCGUACCUGCAUGAAGUUAGCAACGAUUCCCGGCUGGGCCGCGAUAUGAAGCCCUGGGAGGCUCGAAAUGAACGUACCAUGUGAAGAUAUACUGGCUGUGGUUGUUUUUCAGGUUCACUUCGGCCGGUCGACCGAUCGGGAUGCCCUUUGCCUCCCUGUCGUACGACUCAACCAAAUCCGGGACUAAUAGACUCAGGUUAGCUGCAGCGUCUGCAGACUAGAUAGGAAAUUAGCUUACCCAUUGUCUGCUCAAUCCAAACCGGCUGACUGCCGGUCAAUUCAGCCAUCUGCUC